AUGACAUUUUUCACCGGCAACUCCGAAGUCAAAGGCUCCUUACUUGGAGGUCAUAACAGUAGCAUUGAAGUAGGAACUCGAGGAAACAUGUCUACAUCCAUUGAAGAAACAAACACAAAGUUUCAAGGCAUUAUUUUCCUGAUGUAUCUUGGACACGCUAUCCUAUUUCUAGCAUCACUGUUUGGAAAUUCUUUGAUUAUACACAUUAUACGACGAAACAGUUCUUUGAAGACCACUACCAACCAGUUGAUCUCUCACCAGGCUUUCACAGAUGUUCUUAUAACAUUUCUUCAGUUAAUGAAUGCUAUUCAUUACAGUUCAUACAACAAGUUGUGGUUUGGAGGAUCACUUGGUAAUUUUACUUGCAAGUUCUUCCUGACAAACUUAUCUGUUCUACCUGACUUUUCAAUUUGGCUACUCGUAAUGAUUGGUAUUGAUCGGUAUUACGCAGUGAGUCGACCUCUACAAAGAUCUCCCGUGUCUCGACAUUUGAAAAAGGUUAUUAUGAUAUUGUGGGUAUUGAAUUUUCUUACUUCGACGAAAUUAUUUAUCGAAGCACGUGUUGAAAGACAAAACACGUCUUACUACUGUGAUCUGGAGAUAACUAUAAAAAGAGGAACAAAAUUCAACGCUUUUGGAUUGGCGUUCAACAUUAUCUUGCCUCUAUUGGUCAUAUUAAUUGUCUAUACAACAAUAUGCAAUCAGCUUUGGUCACGUAAAGUACCAGGAGAGGGAUCUAAUCAGAAUGAAAUGCAAGCUGAAGUCAUAGCAACAGCAAGAAAGUUGGAGGUUGAUUUAGGAAGGAAACAAGACAGAAGGUGA